UCGUGACAUAUUAUGACGUGCCCACGAGUUAUUUACUAAGUGAACCGACCAUGUCACCUCCCGGGCACCGUAGGAAUCAAAGUUAGCAUUGUGUUUACAUUUAUCCGCAUCUUCAUUUGACCAAGAGCUGCUAGUAAACACGGCGUCCCCACGCGCAUGUGCGGUCUGCAGAAAGUUAGCGUCAAACAAACUUUAUCUGCCAUCUGAAAGACCCUCCACAGGUGCCCACCAUCAGCCCCUCAAGGAGCUCUAGACAUCAGCGGUUGCUUUAACUGUCAGUUCGAUGUCGCAGUGGACGAUUUUCAGCAAAUCUGACUAGAUACGCGAAAGGAUCCUGUGGUUUCCCAAGAAAGACGUCGAUUCAAUUCUGGAAGUAAACCUGUAACUUACGCGUCGAAAGCGGGACUAUCGUCGGAAUACAAACACUUUUAUUGCUCUGGCUUCAUUUCAUCUUCCUUCUUUUUGAUUUGGAGGAAAAAUGGCUCGAAUGCUGAGCAAGGAGCUGCCGGAUAUCGAGAGUAUACUGGCCUUGAACCCUCGGGUCCAGACUCACGCUGCACUCCUCUCUACUGCGACGAAGAAAAUGGAGAAAAAACACUGGAAAAGAAACACAGAGAAAGGCUGUGAGAGCUGCGUAAAGCUAGAGAACAAUUUUGAUGACAUCAAACACACAACUCUGAGUGAGCGUGGAGCACUUCGGGAAGCUGUGAGAUGUUUGAAAUGUGCAGAUGCACCGUGCCAGAAAAGCUGCCCGACCAAUCUGAACAUAAAGGCCUUCAUUACCAGUAUUGCAAACAAGAAUUAUUAUGGAGCGGCUCGGACCAUUCUCUCAGACAACCCACUGGGUUUGACGUGUGGGAUGGUGUGUCCCACCUCAGACUUGUGUGUCGGGGGAUGUAACUUGUAUGCGUCUGAGGAAGGACCCAUCAACAUCGGGGGACUGCAGCAGUUUGCUACUGAGGUGUUCAAACAAAUGGGUGUUCCUCAGAUACGGAAUCCCGAUCUCCCGCCUCCACAUCAGAUUCCUGAGAGCUAUCACUCUAAAAUAGCUCUUAUCGGCUGCGGCCCCGCCAGCAUCAGCUGUGCCUCUUUCCUGGCCCGCUUGGGAUAUGGCGACAUCACCAUUUUCGAGAAGCAGAGGUUCAUUGGAGGACUGAGCUCUUCCGAGAUCCCUCAAUUCCGCUUGCCGUACGAUGUGGUUCAGUUCGAGGUGGAUUUGAUGAAAGACCUGGGAGUGAAGAUUGUCUGUGACCGAGGACUCGGCCAAGAUGGAAUGACGCUUCUCUCGCUGAAGGAGGAGGGAUACAAAGCUGUGUUCAUUGGAAUCGGUUUACCUCAAGCUAACAGACACACGCUCUUUGAUGGCCUCUCUACAGAACAGGGUUUUUACACAUCGAAGGACUUUCUCCCUCUCGUCGCGAAAGCCAGUAAACCAGGGAUGUGUCGGUGUCACUCAGCGCUGCCGGAGCUCCGUGGCACUGUGAUCGUUCUGGGCGCUGGAGACACGGCCUUCGACUGCGCUACUUCUGCCCUGCGCUGCGGCGCCCGUCGUGUGUUUGUGGUCUUCAGGAAGGGAUUCACCAACAUACGAGCAGUUCCUGAGGAGAUGGAGCUGGCCAAGGAGGAGAAAUGUGAGUUCCUGCCCUUCCUCUCUCCACGUGAGGUGUUGCUGAAGGCAGGCCGGGUCCAUGGGAUGGAGUUCUGCCGAACUGAGCAAACAGAGUCGGGUCAGUGGGUGGAGGAUGAGGAGCAGAUCAUACGACUAAAGGCCGACUAUAUCAUCAGUGCUUUCGGCUCUCUGAUGAACGACCACGCAGUGAUCGAGGCCAUGGCUCCCAUCAGGUUAAACAGAUGGGGGCUUCCUGAGCUGGACCCAGAGAGCAUGCAGACUAGUGAGCCGUGGGUGUUCGCUGGGGGCGAUGUGGCCGGUCUGGCCAAUACCACCGUGGAAGCAGUCAAUGAUGGGAAACAGGCCUCCUGGCACAUGCACAGAUACUUACAGUCCAUCUUCGGGAAGAUGGUCAGUGGCCCGCCCCAGCUGUCCCUCUUCUACUCACCCAUAGACACCGUGGACAUCAGUGUGAAGAUGUGCGGCAUCAUGUUCCCCAACCCAUUCGGGCUGGCCAGUGCUCCACCCACCACCAGCGCUACCAUGAUCCGCAGGGCCUUCGAACAGGGCUGGGGUUUCGCCCUCACCAAAACCUUUUCAUUGGACAAGAGUGCUCGCUGUAGCUGGAGAUUGGCACAACCCAGCAUGCACUGUAUUCAGGCUCAUUUCCAUUUCACACCAGCAGGAGAGAAUUCUGGGAUGGGGCCCCCUGAGAGUAUUUGGAAGUGACACAGCCAUUUCUGCACUUCCAGCUCUGUGACAGAGUUAAAGCAGAGAGAUGGAUAGCCUCCCAUAGCUGCAUGCUGGCCUGCUGUGAAGUGAGAGAGCGAGAGAGAGAGAGCAAAACAGAAGCUAGUACAACUCUAUUGAAGGUCCCUACGCAUACACACA